UCGCAUUCCAAUAGUUCGGUGCCCAACCGCGCGGCGUUUACGCCAAGAACCGUCGCCGCGUCUCUCUUCCAAUACAAAGAACACCUCAGUAUUGCAAAAAAUCUGUGAUGUAUUGAUUAAUUCCAACUUAUAACGAAUGGAAAUGUGUUGUAUCAUACAUAAGUGAACCAUAAACGCGUGUGUUAACGUUACAAAUGCUCGUUUAGACGCGUUUCACGGCGGGCCACGUAGGAAUUCCACAUUUAUCGACGAACACAAUCUUAUGGACGAACAUGGUGGACACACCGAUGCAGUGUCGAAAUUGAACGGAUUACUUGCGUUUCAUGUGUGAAUUGUGCAUGUUUUACAAUGGUGUUCUAUAGGAAAUAACGUUUGUUGAUGUAAAUAUGGAUUGGUGCGCGUACAGGCCACACGACAAAGCAUAGUUACGCCUUUUGUAUUGAGGUGCUACAGCGUCUUCGAUCGGAUAAUGCGAGUUGAAUAAAAGACUCAGAAUGGUGUCCCUCGCUUAUUUCGGACUCCGGCAAACGCCUUGGACCUUCUUAGUGCUAAUGUUCAUCAUUGAAAGCGUAAUGGGCAAUUACGCAAAGUCUUUCUAUAUUCAUUGGAACACAACUAAUAGUAUAUUUCGGAUAGAUAACACAGAUCACGUAUUCGAUCUCAAUAAAGGUAAUGCUCAGUUCGAAUACGAUCAGGUUAAUAUUAUAUGUCCCGUGUACGCACCGGGGACUUUCGAGGAGGACACAGAAAAAUAUAUAAUAUACAAUGUUAGUAAAGAAGAGUACGAUACGUGUAGGAUAACGAAUCCUAACCCAAGGAUCAUAGCUGUAUGUGAUAAACCGCACAAACUGAUGUUUUUCACUAUAACUUUCCGACCGUUCACGCCUCAGCCGGGCGGGCUGGAGUUCUUGCCUGGGAAGGACUAUUAUUUCAUAUCCACAUCCAGCAAGGACGACUUGCAUAGACGCAUCGGGGGCCGUUGUCUCACCGACAACAUGAAGCUCGUGUUCCGCGUCUGCUGCAAGCCCGAGGAGCUGUCUCCGGCUCCACCGCCGCAGCCAACAUACCCUCCUCCACCACCACCUCCACCCAGUACCACUACGACCACUACAACGACGACAACAAUAAAGCCAGUGACGAAAAAGACGCACAAAUAUGAUAAGACUCAGAACGAGGUGGUGAAGAGCGAGGAGUUGUCGUACUCGCGAGGUGCUGCCUUAGCCUCAUCCCUGGCGCUGGCUCUUGCUGCUGUGGCCGUCCUAGCUCCGCUGGCUCGGUGAAUGUGCGCUAGGGCGGCGCGACCCCAGCGUCCCGACUUGCUAGCUAAGCCGUGUCCGGCCCACACUACUCAGACAUUGCAAUCGGUGCAUUUGCGCCCCGACACUCUAGUCUUCACGUGAAGUGCUAACCUGAAAAACCUGUGCUAAACUGUGUUUUAGUGUAGUGGCAAAGUGCCCCAAGGAUUGUGGAUUGUUUGGAUUAUGAAUGGAUUUGUAAGUACAUAAAUAAGGUAGAUAUCAAGAUUGGGUCUGAAGAUUGGUGCCGAAACGCUGUGUGUGUUGCGACGUGCAAAAACCCAUGUUCCAUCAGAAGUUCCGAGAAAUUUAGCCUGUAAGGGACAACUUGAGAGCCUAAUUUUGACUACUGUACUAGAUAUUAUAUCAGGCCUAUUAAUUAAUUGAACUAAUAUAUAUACAAUGGAAGUUCAUUUUCAUAGCAGGGCUACUGCGAGAAAUGUAGUUAUUGAGUCAGUUAAAAUAUAUAUAUAUAAAGAAUGUUAACAUGUAUAUGGUAAUAUAGAUUUCUUAAACCACUAGGGAUUAAAUAAUUUUUAUAUUUUCAAUAACACGAAUAUUUGAUUAAGACUUAGGAUUCUCCAUGAAUCGAGUACAGUUAUAGGGGAAAAAAAAAAAAUCUUUAAAAACGAAAAAUAGGUAGCUUUUAAUUUAGUUCAAAAGACAUUCUUUUCCUUUUUUCCCUACAAUUUUAUGUACAAUUAGAAUUUAUUUAUCUGUAUUAAAAAGGAAACGUAGGGCAAAUAUUGUCCAGGGAAACUGUGAUUUUUGGUUUUAUUUAGUGAUGUAAUUUCUCUUAUAUGCUUAACCUAUGUGAUAUAAAACUUUAUGUAUUAUAAAAAAAAAAAAAAACGUAAAGUAUUUUAAUCUUCAUUAUUUUAAUAUUUCACUUGACUGAUUCUGCAUUUCAGCUUUUUUGUUACUUUUCACAUUGAAUAGUAAAUAAUCAUAUGCCACCAUGAUGGAAAAUCUUAAAGAACAGUAUGUUCUUAGGAAUUGCUAUGUAACCCAUGAUUCAGGAAUAUGUUUUCUGUGACAGCCAACCUGCUACAUUCAGUAAAGUUAUUAUUGAUACAGUAUUUUAGAUUUUCACAAAUGUUGACUGAAUUACAGUGUAAAAUCAUAUUUUACACUAAUCAAUUGUAUUAAGUACAUUUGAUUCACAAUUUUAAAUAAUUCAAAUUAACCUAAUCUGGAUAAAUUUGAUUUAAUCAUAGAUUUUUUUAUAAUUUAAAUUAUUUUGAACAUUUUAAAUACAAAAACUAUUUUAGAGUGAGAGUUAGAGAGUCUCUCUCAUAUGAUCAGUCAACAUAAUGAUGAAAUUCUUGGGCAAAUACAACUGUACUGAUAAUGCCAUGUUAUAAUUGUGUGAGAUCAUUUUAUACAUUACAAAAUAGUCAAAUAGUUAAUGUAGUUAAAAUAGACCGGUUUUCAGUUAGCCAUACGCAUUUAGUGACAGUAUAUUUUAGGUAGCCUAAGAAAAAAGCGAUUGAGUUGCAAAUUCUAUUAAUGACCACAAUGAUAUGAGAUUUAUGAGCUUUUAAAUAACUUAUCUAAAUCUAGAUGAUGUAAAUUAAUUGCAACAAGAUAAACUUACAGAGUUUUUUUGGCGUCAACAUAAUUAAUUACUUUCUUCAUAGUUUGUCUUUGAAAUAGGAUACAGUUGUUACAUCUCUUUUUAAUGGCAUUUUAUGAUUAACGAGUAAACUUUAAGAUUAUAAAAUUCUCGUCAAAUGAGACAAAUCCGUAUUAUUUACUGAAAUUGAUAUUGGAAAAAAUAUUCAGUUGAUUGAUAUAUCUGUAAUACAUAUAUAAAUAUUCAAUAAAGUAUUUAAUGAUAAAAACUUAUUAAAUAAAACAAUCAACUCUACUAACGAUAGUGAAAUUCUCAGAAAAAUGAUAAAACAAUAUUCAUAUACACACGACAGUUAAAUAACACGACAGGAUCGCCAUAAAAUAUGGUAUAAAAACUAUGGUAACAAAUUUAUUAAUAACUUACUUCAUAAUAUAUUUAACUGUACCACUGUUUAUUUUACUAACAGUAUCUACAGCCGUAAAAUAAAAACCUAAUGACUCUAACAAUUUCAAGGAACGAAUCCGUGGCAGAUUUCAUUCAAUAUCACAACGUUCAUUGACCUUUACUAACUGAGCUUAACAAAAUUGUGGAUAGAUGGUGCUAAUGCUAAUCACAUCUCGUUAUCUCCGCGAAAACCUAUUAAAAUAAUGUUUGCUAAUAAAUUUAUUCACUUUGAAUCGUAAACUGCUAAAAAGCAAAGGUAGUCUUUCUUUAAAACAGUAAACACACAUAUAAUAUUAGGAAUUCAAACUUCACUGAUAUCUAUCUAUUAAUCUAAACGUCUAUUUAAAUAUAAAUUAUAAGAAAAAUGCUAACUGCCUAAAUAUUUCUAGCAUUUCUGUAGUAGCUGGACAAAGUAACAAAUUCUUUUCAAAUGUAAUAAACAUAAAUUUAAGAGAAAAACUGAUACUAUAAAUAAAACAGAUGCAAUGAAAGAAGUUCUAUAUCAUUCGAACACGGUAACACACAUCUGACAAGUCCUAAUGCAUUGUUUUCUAAACAAAAGAUUUGAAAAUAAACUUAUUUUGUGUCUGCCACCUAUUAUGUUGGGUCGGUUACCUUCUCCUUCCAUUUCCAUACUGAGCGGUUCUAUUUUUAUUUUAAACUAAACAGUUAAAUGUCUGCUUAAGCGUUUCGGGGUACAGGCGUUGUUUUAGUUCGUCUUUUGGCUAUUUCAAGAUUAGCUUGAAGGGGUUUUUCAAGUAUUCCAUAUUUUGUAAAAUGACUUUCAACAUUAUUUCACUCGAGUUCAACGAAACGUUGUUUUAUGUUAAUUCAACAUUCCAGUAUUUUUUUCUAGUUUCUAUUCCAUUCUCGGGUUUUGUUUUCUUGACUUUUGUUUUAUAUUUAUAUUUAUUAUAACACUGACACUAUGUCUCAAAAUUUUAUAUCCUAAAUAGACACUAUUAAGCAUCGUCGAUAAAAGAACAAUGAAAAAUGAAAGCAAUUUAUUUGGAUUUGUCCGCAGCGUUGGAUUUAGUCGUGUUGCUAUAAUUUGAAGCCAGUUUAUAAAUCAUAUCGUUCUAUUAAUCACGCUCCCAACAUCUCCAUCCGGGUAUUUUAUUUUAAAAGAUAACUAGAAAAUGAUAUGAUGAUUUUCAGUUUAGCUGCACGAUUUUAGAACUGUAACACAGUUUAACUAAUCAUGACUUCAAAGAGUCUAAUUUCAGAGAAAUUGAUGUUUCUCAUUUAUUUAUUGGGAACAUCUGACCUACUCCUUCAACAAGAAUUUAAUAUUGCACAGUAGACAUCUUUUCUGUAUUAUUUUUUUAUAGCAUUUGUAACUUGCUAAAGCCGUUUGGCCCUGGCAAAGAAUAGACCACCCCUUCCUUUCCCGUGGGUGUCGACGAGGAGAAGCGAUUAAGGAAAUUUAAUGAUCGAAAGAUGGGUAGCAGAGUCCCUCUUAAAUUUUUACCAAUGCCUAACUGCGGGUGCCAACUCGAUUGCCAAGCGUGACAACUAUAGGCAACCCCCAAAGGGGGAGAUCUAUAUUCAGCAGUAUACAGUAAAAGGCUGAUGUAACGAUGAUAAAGAUUUUUUAACUUAUCUAUGAUAUUAUGAUCAUUUGGCAAAUCAAAAAUUUUAUUACGUUUCAUGCUCUUUUAUAUGCUCUUGUUUCAUGUUUUUCUAUUUCACUUCAUGUUUAUUACCCAGUCAGUACUUUUAUGGGCAUCUUUUCUUACUGUUGUAAUAAAUGAUGUUAAAAAAUAUUGUGAAUAGCCUACGUCAGGUAAUUUACAACCUUUGCAAUAAACAAUUUUGAUAACUGGCCUACUUUAAUGCAAAGUGUUUCUUUUUAACGUAAUCUUAUACAAUUAAGUCGCAUGUUACAUACUAAAAAAUUAAAUUGAAUGCAUAUUAAACUAUAACAAGAAAUAAAUAGGAUAUACGACAAAAAAUAUAGCGUAAUACGGGAAGCUCAAAGGUUACCAUCUUUUUUUUUUUAUUACCCUGGUAGAAUACUUAAAAUGUAUUGCUCGCAUUUAUGGGCGCGAGCAUUCAGAUACCAGCUUCAACUCAGACGAGCUAUGAGAAUUGUCGAGCCCAGGCUUACAAGCGGUAUCGAAUCUUUAAAUCUUAGAAAAGAUUUUGCCUCUUUUUACGUGUUCUACCACUUGUGUAACGGACUGUGCUAAGUGGAGUUAUUCAAUACGAUGCCCACGUGUCAUUUUCUACCGUCGCCAUGUUUCCUCUCAAGAACAAUUAAGUUAUGGAAUGAUAUACGAUCGGCAGAUAAGUCUUGGUUUUUUCAAGAGACUAUAUAGCAUGGAGUCCUUCAAAAAAGGGAUAAAAACAUUUCUUUAGGGUCGACAAUGCCCGCGUAAUGCCCCUGAUAUUACAGGCGUUCAUGGGCUACGCUCACUGUUUACCAUCAGGUGAGCCGUGUACUCAGCGAUACAAUUAAAAAUAAUACUAAUUUUAAUUUUUCCCAGUAUAUUAUUAUUAUUACCUUUUAAAAUAAAUAUAAUCGUCCUCUUUUCACAGCUCUUUUGCUGUAUAUUUGUGGUAAAUACGCAUUUCGACGACGAUCUAAGAACAUCACUUUCUGCAUUUGUUUCGAAAUUAUACUCGUAUUUCUCUUUUCAUAGCUACUUCACUAGGUAUUUGUAGAGAAGAUAGGCUAUGCCAAGUCUCUCGUUACAUUACUACUGUCAUUUAAGGUUUUAUUCCAGUAAAUUCUUAAGGAACUGACGACUAUUGCACACGUAUCAAUAAUUGCAGUUUUCUAUAGUGAUACGUUUAUUAUUAUUUUUUUAAACUUCUCAGCCUUUAAACUUGGUAAAUACGCAGUAUUAUUUAAUAAUAAUAAAGACAUAAUUGUCUGCUUUUUCUCAACUUAUCCUUGGUUUUAAGAUUACGAGAAUGAGUUUAUUGCCAAGUACCUUGUAGCCUUGAGUCUCUUCAUCAUCAACUUCAUAUCAGCCGGUAACUCUCCACUACAAAACAUAAGCCUUCCCCAUAAAUAGGAGUUUGAGUUUCUUAAUUUAUUUAAUUUUAUAGCAUCCCAAACGGACAAAAGUAAGUUACGAGAGAUGUAUUAAUUUGCCUGAAGAUUUUUUUAAAGAUACCUCAUUUAUAGGUGAAACACGUGCCGCAAUAUGUGAUUGGACCGGAUAAUGGUCGGACAUUGAUGACUAAUAUGGAGGGUCGUAGAACUUCUGUGAAACUGAUAGUUAGUAGUCAAACUUCAAAUGACAAACCAAUGAUAUGGACUUCCUCAAAAUCUAGUUCAAUAAAAUAAAAUCAGCAUUAUUGCUAACACCAGAACCCUUUUAGUUUUUAGCAAUACAAUUAAUUCUAGAAGGAGUUUUAAUAAUUUACCAUAGCCUGAGUCGCGAUACAAUAGGAAAGCAAAAUGUGUGCAGUUGUAGUUGCAAAAUGUAUGGAGAUGCUUUUAAGUGUUCACUACGAUAUCAUGGACGUGCGCCGCAUGCCAAUAACGAACACCUAUAUGGGAAUUUGAAAGCAUUUCUGUAUAAUUUUUGGUCUUCUAUUAUGAAUAUAUCAUGGGAAGUGCUCUGAGGAAUUGUUCGGAUUGAUACCUGCUGCUGAUUUUCACCACCAUACAACCCGCCACAAAUUGAAGUUCCAUCCCAACCAUCUAGAUGAGAUGCGGUCCCUAAUCGUGCGUUUUUCAAGGCCCUUUCUUCCACGUGCAACCCGUCUUUGGAAUCAAUUUCUAGCAACAGUAUUUCUGUACUAUUACGACAUAACAACCUUUAAGAAAAGAACAUAUUCCUUUUUAAAAGGCCGGCAGCACACCUGCAAUGCCUCUGGGUAUUGCAGGUGAUCAUGGGCAGCGGUAGUCACUUAUAAUCAGGUGAGCUUAAAAAAAGCUCAAAAAGAAAAUUGUACGUAUUGUAUAGAGCCGAAAUAUAGUAAACAAUAUGAAUAUACUUUGGGCUAUAAAUAAAAAAUUCAUUAUCUACCUAACAUAACACGAAACUAUAUCGUCAAUCGAUAACUUCAAAUUAGUUUUUGUUUUUCGUAAUAAGUCUAUCUUUCACUAUCACAAUGCUCACCAUCGAUUCAUCUUCACAAGCUAAAAUCUAAAUAGUCGCGUACAAUUCGAUUUUCGUGGAGUUUUAUCCUAUAUACACUCAAGCUAGAUAAUGAUCCUUCUGGCCUGGGUUUUAUCUAGAGACGGCAGUAUGAGGUUCUUCAAAAGGAGUAUUUUAAGUUCCUUCAGAGUCGGUAAUGCGCAUGUGACAUUGGUGUUACAGGAUGACAUCAUACCUACUUGUACAACAAUUACUCGUGUCUCGCAAGAUUGCUCUCAGCAAUAAGACCGCUAUAAAUAAUAACUAAUAAAGUAUACUAAUUAUUUUAUCUUUGAACAACAUUACUAUAAGCUUAAACAGAUAUUUCUCUAAACGCGCCAAUCGCAAAUUGCAAACUGCUAACGGUCAACACAGAUUUUGCAACUCAAUCGCUACCGACAUUUUAACAUAUUCUCUCAUUAGUUUUUCAAUUAGUUGUGCUGUGUACUUAGAAUAAUUAUUGCCUAAUUAACUAAAAAAAAAAUGAAAACCUCAUUUUUUGAAUCUCGAAAAUCAGUCCGCUAGUGUAUAAUGAGAGUAAUUUUGUAUUUAAACUUACUAAACUUUUAGGUGUUCUCCAACCAGAAAUGAAGCAGUGACUCACUAUAGUUGAAUGUUGGUGAUACAAACAACUCAAUUUUGAUUCGUGUCUUACCGAAUUAAUGUUGUACCACAACGGAACGCAUCAAUUUACCUACAUCAAAGUUGUAAUUCGCAUACAAAUGACUUUGACGUUUGUAUCUGUCAUAGACUAUUUUGUUUUAAUCGCAGCGGGAAAGUUUGUUUAUGAAAAAUGUCAAAUAUUUUUGUUUAUGGUUAAAAAUUAAGAUGAAAAACAUUGUUUUUUAUUGUACAAUAAAUAUGCUAAUUGUGAACAUAACAAUUCCAUAUUCAUUAUUGUUAUUAAUAUGAGAUUGCUUAUAGAUAAUCAAAUUACUUCUUACGAUUUGAUUUGAACUUUUAUUCUAAUAUAUUAAUUAAGUAUAUUGUCAUAUUAGUUUUAUUUGUAAAUUAUGAAUGAAUUGCAAUAAUUAUUUCAUCCAAAUUAAUAAGAAAUAUGUUUGCUCUUUGUAUUUAAUUAUUAUUACCUAAAGGCAAUUUCUAUGACAAUAUUAAAACAAAGAAUCAUAGAUCAUACACUAGAUGGAGUAUCUCUCCACAAAUACUUCAACAAACAGUCUUUAUCUUUUCUAUUGAUACAGAAGUGAAUUUCUAUCCAAAGACCAUACAUAAUUUUAAACAAGAUUUGUGUGUGUGAACAUUGAAAAACGGCGCGCUUUGUUUAUAAUAAAAAAAAGUAAACAAUUCUGUUUUUUUUUAGCUAUUUAUCACUAGCUCCGUCUAGAUGUUAUGAUCUACUCAAAUGCUUUGUUAUUGUAACGCCUUAACCUUAAUUAUAAUAAGGCUCCUUAAACUGGUCACACAUGUGUUUAUGAAUUAAUAAAGCUGUAUAUUAUCUCGCAUCAAUCUAAUAAAAAAAAAAAAACGACGUUUCUAACUGUACUGUCACAAAUAGAAACGUACGACGAGGCUGUAUGGGCCAUGCUCUUUGCCUGUCCAGUUUAAGCGAAUUUUAAAACAACAACUGUAUUGUCACUUUAUAUAAUUUCUGGUUGGAUUAUGCCAUAUAAUAAUUGAUAUUAUGUAAGCCUAAAGUUAUCUGUGAAGUUUCUUUAUAUAAAAAUUAGUUGUAAUAGAGAAAAAAAAAACCGUUUAGUGAUGUAAGAUGGUAGCGCUAUCCUAUAAAUUGUGCCUGGUUUAUCAAAUGUGUGUGUGACAAGCGGCAAAUAAGAUUAUUUAUGUAUUUAUUUAUUAAUAUUUAUUGAUACUUUAUUAUACACAUUUAUUAUACAAAAAAAAUAUGAGAGGUUAGCAAAUGUACAAAGAAGAGUUUAACUCUAAAAGAGUUCUCUUCCAGCAAACCCAUUAUUGAUUUAUGUAAUGAUAACUUACAUUUUUUUUUUUUUAUAAUUUAUGAGACAUGUUAAGUAAAUUUCAACUAAAUUAUACAUUAUGUUAAUUGACGUAACCCAUUCUCGAAUAGACGCUCGCAGCGCCUAGACCGCUUAAACAAUAACUAAAAAUUUUGGUAUAUAUGUAUAUAUACUACAUAGAACGGGAAAGGAUAUAGGCUGCUGUUUAUUCCAGUCAGGGAAUAUAUCCCGUUGAAGCGGAUAAAGUCGCGCGUAAGAGGUAGUCACUUUUGUAAAAGUCAGUAGUAAUAUAUGAAAAAUAAAACCAUUGGAAAAACUACAAAAAGUAUGAGAUUCUCAAAUUUGCCUAUAUUCUACGUGUGUAUGUUUCGCGAUAUCUCCGCCAAAUCUGAACCGAUUUUAAUGGAUCUUUUUAAUAUCGAUAUAGAUUUUACUUGCGUAUUAGUCUCUUUUAAUUGGCAAAGAUGUCUUUACAUGCAUUCAAUAAAAAAAUUAAAUUUUUUUUUAAAUAUUUCUUUCAAUCGUAAAAAUUAUUAUUAAAUCAAUCUAGAGUAAAGCCUGUUUUAAAAAUAUACAUCACAAUCGGUACAUAAUUAGCGUAGAUAUAAUUUAACAAUUAUACAAAUGAUAUAGUCGUAGUGAAUACUUCUUUCUUUUGAGGAGACUUUGUACAAAAGUCGUUUGCUUGGCUACCUCUGUCCCAUUCGUGUUUCAACCGUGAAGCAGUUGUGUUUGCAUGGCUGUGUUUCGCUUUGAAGGGUAGGAUAUAGCGUGAAUUUACUGGGUACAGAGGAAUAAUACCUGAGUCCUCAGGAAUGGCAACGCAUGGGGGGUAUCAUGGGCAAAACAUUAUACUCUGUCAUGUCCAUGGUACUGCUCAUGACUAUAGGCGACAGUUACCACUUUCCAUCAGGUGGGCCGUCAGCUUGUUUGCCAUUCUAAGUUGUAUAAAAAAAUCAAUCAACUAUUUAAACAACUAACUGUAACCCGCGGUAUUGUACGCAUGAGUCAGUGUGUACAAUAAGUAAGGAUAUAACCUAUUCGUGUACCAAAUUCGAUUAAAAACGGAUUUCAAUGAAAUUGACUGCGUGUAUUUCAUAAAACUUGCAGGACGUUGAUUUUUUUUUAUACAUAUUUACGAAAAAUAAACUAACAUUUCUUAAAGUUACAAAAUACACUUUCUGUAUGUGAAAGAUCGAUUAAAAUCAACUUAAAUAAUAAUUAAUAAUUUAAGUAUUAAAAUAAUUAUUUAGCUAUAGUUUAAUAAAUUGCUUAAAAGGAAAAUUUCGAAUACGAAAUAAUUGACUUAACAAAUUUAAUGAGCUAAUUAAAGAAAUGGUUUUAAUUCUUAAGCGUAAUACUUGUAUAUAGAAUAACUGUUUUAAUAUAAUAACUACAAGUUUAACUUACGUGUAAUUUGGUUGAGAAAGGUCGACUAGUUUCGGGACCGUUCAGGGCCCUUAGUUGUGAGUGGCUGUGAGCGCGAGCCUGACUGAUAUAUAAUAUGUAUAUCAGUAAUACAUAAUUACUAGCUUUUACCUGCGACUUCGUCCGUAUAAUCAAUUUAAAAGUAGCAUAGGUUCUUCUCUAUUUCAUAUAAUACGUGUAUACCAAAUUUCAUGACGUUGAAAUAAAUCAAAACACAUCAAAAAGGAACAUGGAAACAAACUCACUUUUAUAUAUAUAAUAAUAGAAAAAGUAAAAAAAGACUAUAUUUUCAUUAAAAACACAGUUAAGAUUUAAUAUUCAGUUAUAAAAAUCAUUAAAAAAAAAUACAACGUCAGACUAAGCUGUAUGGGCUUCGUUCCCUUUUCUCUACAAAAAAGUAUAAAUAAAAAAAAAAAGUAUAUUCUUAAUUUGAAAGAGGAAACCUCAUAAAUCUUAAAAUUAUCAUCAAUAUAUAAACGUCCUAAAAUCUUAUACAUUUAGUUUUAUUUUCGCUUGUCACAUGCAUAUACUGUUUGUAAAAAAUCGCAGUGUAACAUUGCCAGAUUUUACAAGCAUAGUUUGAUAGAAUUAAUUUAUUUGCUCAGCGGAGGUUGUAAAAGUAAAUAUUACUUUUAUUGUCCUUUAUUAUAAUUUAAUAAUGUUCCUCUAUACAUAUAUUACUUUUAACUUAUUUUUAUUCCUUACAUUCUGGCUGGUUAAUAAAAAAAAUAUAACAAGAGUGAGAAUUUAUAAAAAAAAAUAUGCAAAAACCAGCUCUCAUAUUUCAUCAUUUAAAUCCAAUCAUAGGAUAUUUUAUUUAAUAUUUUCCUUUCCAUAUGAAAUAUUGGAUAAUGGCUAAAAUUAUUUAAUCAUUAAAAAUGUUUUAUGUAAAUUAAUUGCGACUCCCAAGAAUUGCGUCAAACUAACAAUUUAAAUUGCAAAUGAGUUUUAUCGUUUUUAAAAUUAACCAUCAUAAUGUGAAUUUAUAUUUUCUUAAAAUUAAAUAUUUAUUUACAUUAGCGUUGUCAUAAAAAUGAUUAAUUGAAUUUGUAAAGAUAAUAAAUAUCCUAAUAAAAUUAAAUUAAUUUACACCAGAAUAUGAUUAAUUAUUAUUAAUUGCUUGCUCUUUAUAUUAUAUUAUUACUGUGGAGUAGGUGUUUUGUAUCCAGUAUUAUUAUAUUAAAAAUAUAUAUACAAUUUCAGUUUUAUUAUAAACUCCAAAAAUUGGUGCUACUAGACGGCUUAAUAUUUUUUCUUUCUAUAUUAAUUUUAAAUAAGAUUUAUAUAUUUUUAAAUUAAGUUCCAUGUACUUAAGUUGUUUUAAAAUAUUAGCGAAAAAAAAAGAUUAAUUAGAUUUAAAAAAAAAAAUUAUAUAGCUUCAGCUACCUCUUACUGUUCUAAAAGUAUUUAGGUAUUUUUGUAUAAAUAAUUAAUCUUAAUGUUAGUAAAAAUCGCUAAUAAUCAUCUUACAUUACUAAAUACGGUUUUAAGGUCCUAAAAAAAACUUUCAGAAACAAUAUUCCUACAAAACGUUUGUUGGAUAAUGAAAAAUGGUUAACAAUUUACUAUUAUAGGGUAUAGAAGCCAGCGUAAAGACUGUUGUCCGUUGAAGUAUAGCUCUGUGCAUUGGAUUCUUUUGUUAACUGUGUUAAAAAAAAUAUAAAUAUCCAUAGAUAAUAUUAUUAAGCUUUGGACAGGAGUCAAUAUCUAUAGAGAAAAAAAAUUAAGAAUUUUUACAGAGCCCUCCAUUUCAUAUUUAAAAUUCGAACAAUAUAUUUUUCUAAUUUUAAAUUCAAGGAAUAGGUAAGAUCUAUGCAACAAUUGACAACAGCCUUAACUGAUUAGCGUACUAUAAUAUUAUAUAUUUUUUGCAUCUGUAUGUUUAUGUAAUUUGCUAAUAACGAUGAAGCGGCCAUAUUUAUUUCUGUUUAUGAUUUUGAAAAAGUCUUGUAUAUGGAAUACGCGCCGAGGGUAGACACGAACAUUUUUGUUAAAUAUAAAAAUGAUUUUCAUCCUCUGUAAACGUAUUUUGAAUACGUAAUGUUUAUUUAAUAAUAAAAAAAGUAACAAUUUAUGUUUAAAUUGAUUUUUUUUCUGGAAAGGAAUAACAAAACGCACCAUUCGUGUUUGCUCUCCGCCGGCGACGAAACAAAACGAAAUUGCUGACGAAAAUUCGGUAUGAUUGAAUUGUAAAAAUAGUUUUGGAGGUUCGAAUGGUAAAUAAAUGUACCUACUAAGUAUUGGUAAGCCGUGUAAAUAUGUUGUUAACUUAAGUGUAGUCCCUGUAGGUAUUUAUUUGUACGAUUUCGGACCUUUGUUGGAAUCCAAAGUUUUUAAUUUAUUUUUCGACCAAUAAAUGUUGGAGAGUACUAAUU